CAUGUCCAUACAUGACUACUGGGAAAGCCGUAGCUUUUACUAUACUGCCUUCUGUAUGUUACAUGCCUUCUGUAUGUUAAUAAUUUGACUAUUUUACCCAUGAACAUGGGUGUACAUUGCUUUAAUAAUUGAGAGAUGAAAUUCCUCUCUUAACAUCUAAAAUAAGAAAUCCAAAAGUGUAACAGUUAGAGUUGUUUCAUGUAGGGAGAGGACUCAUAUAAUUAUAGGCCCACUGGACAUAAAUACAUUAUGAUAAAGGAUAAUAAUUUAUAUUUAAAUUAGUGGGUCUUGGUCAUUAAGAAAAGUUUAAUUGCUUUCAGCUUGACCUACUGCAGACAACAGGCAAGAGCAUGGUACACCUUAAAAGUUUUAAUCCAAAGUGGACUAAGUGUCUUAGAGGUGCUUAUAUAGAAUUGAACCUUUACUUAUUUAGACAACUAACUUGUCGAGAAUGAUUCAGUCUUCAGGAUUCCAGAGCUGGAACUCCUAAAUGAAACAGAACAAUGGCCUGUCUGUAUUACUUACAGCCAAAAUUUUCUGAGCUUUUAAAAGAGGAGCCUCCGCAGCAUCGGCCCUGACUCCAGACCUGCCGCAACAUGACGCCCCUGGUCACCCUGCUAUCCCUGCUCGCGCUGGGAGCCCAGGCCCAGCACGGGGCCGAGUGGACCUACUCAGAGGGGGCGCUGGACGAAGCACACUGGCCUCUGGAGUACCCGGACUGUGGGGGGACGAGACAGUCGCCCAUUGACCUGCAGGUGAAGAAAGUUCGGUACAACCCUUCCCUGAGGGCUCUGAACCUCACAGGCUAUGGACUCCAGCACGAGGAGUUCCCUAUGACCAACAACGGCCACACAGUGCAGAUCAGCCUGCCGUCCACCAUGUGCAUGACCACCUCCGACGGCACACAGUACUUAGCCAAGCAGAUGCACUUCCACUGGGGCGGAGCGUCCUCGGAGAUCAGCGGCUCUGAGCACACCGUGGAUGGGAUGCGAUACGUAAUUGAGAUUCACGUCGUCCACUACAAUUCUAAAUAUGACAGCUAUGAAGAAGCCCAGAAAGAGCCGGAUGGUUUGGCUGUGCUGGCGGCCCUGGUUGAGGUAAAAGAUUAUGCUGAAAAUGCUUACUACAGCAACUUCAUUUCUCACCUGGAGGACAUUAGGUAUGCAGGACAAAGCACGGUUCUGAGGGGCCUUGACAUCCAGGACAUGCUACCUGGGGACCUCCGCUACUACUACAGCUACUUGGGAUCACUCACCACUCCUCCCUGCACAGAGAAUGUCCACUGGUUUGUGUUAGCAGAUACUGUCAAGCUCUCUAGGACACAGAUUGAGAAGCUAGAGAAUUCCUUGUUGAACCACCAGAACAAGACCAUCCAGAAUGAUUACCGCACGACUCAGCCCCUGAACCACAGAGUGGUGGAGGCCAACUUCGUGUCUCACCCUCAUCAGGAAUACACUUUAGGCUCCAAACUCCACUUUUAUCUAAACAACAUUGACAAAAACCUUGAGUACCUGAGAAGAUUUAUUGAACAGCAGAUAACAAAGAGAAAAAGACAAGGAUAUUGGCAUUGAAGAGUGAGCCCUGCCUUCUGUCCAAGAAGCCCUGGGUGUCCAGAUCAUACCAUGUCUACCAAGGCAGCUGCUUAAUUUACGAUUAAAACAGGAGAAACCAUCAUCCGUGAACGGAAGUGAGAUGGCUUAAAUGCAUGAGAAGGGUUUGAGCGAGAUGAUACCAAUGGGAAUUGACUGGAAUAGAAAUUUAACUACCCGCCUCUCGAAUCGCAUACAUUAAUUUGUCUUAAUUAGAAACUAGACUGAAAUCCUGAUAGCAUUUAGAUGAAAUAAAAUAACUUUGGAAAUUUGUUAUU